CCUUCUCUUGAGUCUUCGCAGCAAAUUCGAGCUCCUUGGCCUAGCACAAACCCUGUUGCCAACAUUGUAUCCUCAGUUCAAGUCUGGCCACCAAGCAUACUAUUUCCCUUUAGAACUGUUCCUAUGGCUUGCUUCAAGACCCUGGCACUGGCAGUCCUGGCUCUUGCCCUUGUUCUCUGUGCGCGAGGCACUCUAGGAGAAAUAAUAUGUGAGCAUCUCGACCAAGAGACAUGUUCUUACGCAAUAUCAUCCACCGGCAAGCGCUGUGUGCUCGAGAAGCACGUCAAAAGAAGCGGAGAAGAAUCAUACACUUGCCGUACAUCUGAAAUUGAAGCCGAUAGAUUAAGGAACUGGAUCGAAACUGACCAAUGCAUAAAAGCAUGUGGUCUCGAUAGAAAAUCACUGGGAAUCUCAUCAGAUUCUCUCCUUGAGUCUCGCUUCACACAGCAGCUCUGCUCUCCUCAGUGCUACGAUAGCUGCCCCAACAUCGUUGAUCUUUACUUCAAUCUCGCCGCUGGAGAAGGUGUAUUUCUUCCAAAGCUUUGUGAGUCCGCACAAGAGGGAAAUGCUCGUAGAGGAUUGAUGGCUGAUAUCCGGAGCUCUGGUUUUGUUGCACCAGGACCAGUUCAUCCAGUGAAGUACACGAUCGCCCCAAUAGUCUCCCCAUCACUGGCACCCUGUUAAUCAAUUUCAUGGCAAUGAAAACGCAAAGAAUCAGAACGGAGGUGUGAAUUUAUAUAUUAAGCAUAUAAUAAUAAUGAUAAUAACGAAGUAGCACGAAGAUUUUAGUAGCCAGCCGACUAGAUUGCUCCAUCAGGGUAUAGAGUGUCCGCCUGGUUCUGUUAUUUAAAAAAACAAGAUGUUACGUCGGAAUAUUAUUUUAGACGUGUUCUCCUAGUGUUAAUUAUAUGUUUAUAUAUGUGUUGCCAUAGUCAGCUUCUUCUUUUUGAAGCAGUAUAGAUAUCCUGGAGUCAUGUAAUAAACGUUUUGUAUUCAUAAUUUCAUUUUCCAAAUAAAUUCUGUGUGGUGAUUUCGUA